AUGACAACUAACGGAGAAUCGCCGCCGGAUUCUGGACAUGAUAAGAAGAACGGCAAUCUUCCAGUGGUAAUUAUCAGUGAGCCUGGAUCACCCGAUGUUUUAGUAAAAAUGGAGCCGGGUGGGCAAAAUAAUGAAGUGGAUCACCCUCCGUACUUUGAGGACGAAGAGUGCGGCUCACUGGACGGUAUGAACCAGGAGCUCGACUUUUCAUCGUUUUCUAUCAAUUUUCAACCAGGUGCAGAUGCAGCCGUUGAACUUCUUCCGGUACCUCCGGAUGGAGGAUAUGGAUGGGUGAUUGUGUUGGCUGCCUUCUUUUCAAAUCUUAUCGUUGACGGUGUUUGUACUUGUUUUACGGAAUUCAAAAGUUCCUACUCACAACAUUUUCAUUCUUCUGAUGCAGCCACAGCACUCAUUGGUUCACUAUUAAUUGGAGUUUACCUACUUGUUGGUCCCGUCGUUGGCGGUUUGGUGAACAAGUAUGGUGCUCGAAAAGUUGUUAUCGGUGGUGCAUUUAUAUCCGGUACCGCAUUUCUGAUCUCCGUUGCCUCUCCAAACAUUUAUUUCUUCAUGCUUAUCUAUGGAGUAUUGGGAGGUAUAGGAUUUGGGAUGAUCUAUCUCCCAGCAAUAGUUGUUGUUGGUUAUUACUUUGAAAGUAAACGUGCUGUUGCUACUGGUAUAGCAGUGGCCGGUUCUGGAGUUGGUACAAUGGUGAUGCCAUUCCUUACAGAGUAUUUCAUUUCCACAAUUGGUUGGAAGUAUACUGUAUGGAUAUUAGCAGCCCUCGUAUUUUUAUGCGCACUAUUUGGAUUGCUUUAUCGACCUUUACCAGCACCUACAAUAGAACAAAAAGAUCAUGAACUUGUUCCACUGCGAGCUGCGUUAAGAAAAAUGUCGGAGACAGACGAUGAAGAGAAUCGCGCCACAUCACAAAUGUCGAACGAAAACGAUAGUCCGACGAAACGUUAUGCUCGUUUAGAAGGAGAAAAUAACCACGAUGAUCCGGUGAUGGCUCGUCUUCGUAGUGCGUUGUCAGAAUGUGAAAACGAUGUGGAUACAUCACCGUCGACUCCAGUUCGACCUCCUCUUUCACCAGUUUACGAAAAUGCUAUCAGUAAAAGUCGAGCUGGCAGCACCCACCAGACACAUAUUGCUCCAAAUGUUCGAGCCCGUAAACUAACCAUUACUAGCAUGACAAGUGAUAUGGCAUCUAACAACGAUCUUAAAGCAUCCAGAGCGACAUUAAGCGGACCACAAUUGAGCAGAAUUUCUGCCAGAAGCUUCGCACAAUCCUUGAGCAGACUUUCGAACAAAGGAGAAGCGUCCUGCCUGAGUAUUGCAAUGAGUGGUGUGGAUCCACAAGAAUUUGCACGACCAAUGAAUCGUCAGGAUAUUUUCUAUGGAGGUUCUAUCAAAAAUCUGAAAGAAUUCAAACAAGAAGGGAAUAAUAUGCAAUCAUAUCGUGGAUCAGUGAUGUCUAUUCCAAGGUCGGUGGUCGGUCAAGCGGCUUCGACUCUAAGUCAAGCUGGAGAUCUUCACGAACUUGGAUCACGUAUCGGCGGUUCCCGAUUGUCUCGAAUCACCGGUGGGCUUGGUGUGGACGAUGAUGACAUCCUAAAUGAUUUCUAUGAUAAUGGACGAUGUAAAUGGAUUCCGUUGCCUAUCCGUAACGCAUUUUCCGAAAUGAUCGAUCUGGAAUUGCUAAAGGACUCAGUAAUGAUGUUGCUUUGCAUUUCAAAUCUACUCGGAAUGAUGGGAUUCUAUAUUCCAUUUGUAUUCCUGAAAGAUCUUGCACAUACUCAUGGUACUGAUCCGAGCGAUAGCCGAUAUUUGGUGCCAGUUAUUGGUGUGACGAAUACAAUUGGAAGGGUUUUCUUCGGAUGGCUGGCGGACAGAGGAUACGUGUCGGCUCUUGCUAUCAACAAUUUUUCGUUAGUCGCAUGUGGUGUGCUCACCUUAGCCGCUCCUCUUUUACCAACAUUCUCGCUUCAAAUAACUUACGCUGCAUUGUUCGGUUUUAUUAUUUCGGCUUACAUCUGCUUGACCUCGAUUGUGUUGUCCGAUUUAUUGGGUCUGGAGAAGCUGACGAACUCGUUCGGUCUCCUCGUGGUCGCCAGAGGUAUUGCUUCACUGGCCGGAUCUCCAUUUGCUGGUCUUGUUUACGAUGUGACUCAAUCGUAUUCUGCUGCGUUCUUCUUUGCUGGAUUCGUGAUUGUCAUUUCGGGUUUGAUCUCAUGUGCUAUUCCAUUCGUGCACAAAUGGAAGAGGAGUCAUGGAGAUAACGAAGGUGACGAUACGAAAGAUAUGGACAACGCGUCUGGAAAACUGUCUGUAUUGACGGAACGCUCGGAAGAAAAUCUUACCGAAUAUCAGAGGACGAUUCAAAGCCUCAGGCAGCAGCAUGCUCUUCUUCAGGAGAUUGAGGAAGAAAAACGAAAACAGAAAAAUUUAGACAAGAGGAAUGGGACGGUGGAAGAGGUGAACGAAGAAGACGGGGACGACGAUGUUCAGAAGCAAAAUCUCGAGAAAGCUGAAAAUUAG